AAAACGACCACAUCAAGGUCGGCGCUAGAUACCAAACCUCGCGUCAUGGCUGCAACAAGAGAUGGAAUGUCAAAACCAGGGGAUGAUAUUGACCGGUUGGCUUUACGAAUAAGUCUUGCUGACAUUGAUGAACAGUUUGAAAAAAUUCUUCAAAAAUCUUUGGUUUUCAUCCUGAAGUAUUUGUCAAAGUAUGAAGAUCAUCGGAAAAAACUCAUGGAACUUCUCGGAGAUGUGACUCGAAGACUCAGAUGCAGGCCUAAUAUUCAGGUUCCUGUGCACGAAUUAUUGUUAAGUUACAAUGAUCCGUCAAACUCAGUGUUUUUGGUUAAUUUCUCGCAUAUGUACAUAAGACUAGGAUUCCCGCGUCUACCCCUACGACAGAAAAUAAAACUCUUUCCAGUAUUAUUCGCAUCACUUUCUGAUGAUAAACCUAUUUGCCAAAGAGACGGUUUACUUCAUUUAGUACUACCUGUUGUCGAUAGUCUUACCAAUGAAUUGGCUCCGCGUGACCCAUGUUUCAAUGAACUCUUAUACCAAAGACGUUACAUUACAGACUUUUUCUCCUUAGUGAUGCUUCUACCUUAUAAUUUUCAGAAAUUAGUCAGAUCAGAUAGAAGUGAUCCAACUAUACCAGACGGGUACAAUUCCUUCGAUUUGGGUAGGAUGUUACACGAACAAUUUACCUGCAUAACAUCCGCUGAGGAACUGGAAAAGUACAAAGUGGGUAUCAUGACAUUUUACACACGCCGCUUUUUCCCCGCGGAAGAAAGUAUAAUACCAGUUCUUUUUGGUUAUGGAGACAGUCGCCAUUCAGUAGUCUCUAUUGCAGCAAAGGAACUUCGGACACUAAGCAUUCUGGUAGAUUGGGAAGAUGAAUCAUUGUUAAAUCGACUUCUAGCUUGGUAUCUUGGUCGUCGUCGAGAUUUCGAUCCCAAAGGACGCAAUGAGCCUCGUCGUCCUCUUAGCCCCAAUAUGCGCAUCAAACUUGGUCAUUAUCUUAUGCGUUCGCGUAUAACAUUUCCUGGCCCUUUAGCUUCUAGCUUAGUGGAAGCUGCAAUGCUUGCUCUUGAUCCGAGUUCAUUAGCACAGUCAAAUUUUCUUUCAAACUCUGGACAAAAGUGUACGGCUAACUGCAUUCAUGGUACGAUUGAGAAUGGUUCUACUUCAGAUACUGAUUCUGGAACUUACGUACAAACAUCUAGUAAGGCCCAAACAGAAGAAACAAUACCCGCCAGUACACCUGGGAAUCCUACUUGUUCUUCAACCUCAGUUAUUCAACAGAGGCGCUUAGCUGAGCAUGGGCUAGAUUUACUUUCUCAUCUUAUCAAUAAUGUCACGGCUCUAAAUGGAUCAGCAUCUGUCGCCGCUCUUCGAUGCCUUAUCAACUUUGCUUAUGAACGUACGAGCGAUGAGUUAACAUAUGUACGGGCAAGGGCAUUCGAAAUACUUUCUCGCUUCCUGGCUCGUGACCCAAACUAUUUACUUAAAGACCCUGGUCAGCUACCUCGAUUGUUUGACGUCUUAUCUGAGGAGAAUCCUAAUGAACUGAAACUUGCUGCAGCUCAUUGUUUGAGAAGGCUAGCAGUCUCUUUACACAGUGCACAAAAACAAAAUUGUCUUUCUAUUCGAGGACACUUAGUUAAGUUGGAACGUCUUCUCUAUGAAAAUAUUGAGAAGCCCGACCCCCUGAGUCGUUUAGUUGCAGUCAGCUUUGCCGGUCUAAUAUAUCCAUCUGAUCACAUCCCUACGAGGUAUCUUAUACUGCAGGCAUUGGGCGACAAGGAUCCUCGUGUAAGAGCUGAAGCAUGCGUGGCUUUCGAACAGUUUCUUGACCCUAAUAUUAUUCAUGACAUCGUCUAUGGGCGCGUUAAACUACCAUCUUUCGUUGAAUUUGUUAAUCAUGAUACUCAGCAUUCACGUAAAAAUCCGUUUGUUGAAGUGGAACGUCUGAUUCCGGUGGUUCAGUUUAUUCGUUUAUGCUUGUUGGCAACCCAUGGUGGCCUAACACCUGCACAGGAGGCUGGUCUUACUUACGAAACGGAAGAAGAGGUUCGAUAUUUGAUUAAUCAAACUGUAAGGUACUUUCUUUCUGCUGGAAACUUGACGACAACCGUAUCUCAAACCCCUCUUUCAGUUAAUAACACAACAACUGUAUCUACAACUUCAACGAGUACCUCUGUUUCCACUGGCGCCAAUGUUCCAGUUAUCAAUCCUGAACAAGCGAAACGCAGUAUCGACACUUAUUUUCGUCUUAUUCAAGUGGUUAUUUUCACGCGAUCGCAGCACACUAAAGAUUCUCCAGAUUUCCCAAAUUAUCUAGAAGAAGUUUUGGUUGGCAAUACCAAAGAAUUGAUUACAUGUAAUAAGCAACUUUUUGAUCGUAUGAAUAAUGUAUUGUUGGCAACCCCUAGAGGAGCGAGUUGUCGUCACGCUUGCGCUUCUGUCUACAGCGUAGUUGUUAUGGAAACUGAAGCCCCCGCUCAGGCUUUGCAAACAGCAAAAGGUAUGCUGGCUACACUUCCCAGCCCAGGUUCUGUUAUUGAUGGCGAAUCGUCCCAUGCAGUUCAGGGCAUGUUCAUGGGUGCAGCUUAUCUUCUCGAACGGUUAUUCACGGCUUAUGUUGUACCAUUUAAUUCCACUGGUUUCACUUCUAAAACCAAUAAACAGUCUUCAGCGGAACAAACAAAAAAGGGAAAGAAAGAAAAACAACAAAAUCAUAGAAACCUCCAAACUGAUAUUAUUCGAACCAUAGAGGAACUGCUAAGUCUAAUGGAUGGAUUUUUGGUAAAGCCUAGUCAGCUUGUUGAUAGUCUAAAAAUAAAUAACACAAAAAAUACUCUGGACAACGAUGGAUAUUGCUAUAUUAAUUCUAGUGUAUCACAAGCUACAGUGGUUGCAUUACUCGAGGCACUUGUUGUUAUUGGCAGAGCUGGUUGUUUAUCGCAUCUUCCAUCCGGAACAUUACCUAUUGAUGGUAAUAAUUCGACCACCUCAUUACUGAGUUCUAAAGCUUCAUUUGUUCAUCGAAUUGUAUCAUAUCUGCCAACCGUUAGUGAAGAACGUUCCUCAUCGUCACUCAGAUAUCCAAGAGUUUCACAAGCUGCUCUUCGAACUUUGGCAGCCGUUUGCAUGGGUGAAGGUUAUCAAACCACAAAAGAUGAAGCAUCUUCUUCUUCAGAAUCUAAAGCAACCGAAAACUCAAAACCUAAAUGUCAUCCCCACACGAUUUCUAUUAUGAAAAUUAUGGUGGGUACAGCUGAAAUUAACGACCCAAGCCUUCAUUUAGCUGUAGGGACUGCCCUAGCUGACUGUAUUCUUGGACCUAUAUCACCCUAUCGAUUUCAUUGGUAUGAAAGGAAUUAUCCUCUUGUCAUUCCAGCACAUAGUUUAAAUGCUGCUGUUACCGGACCAAAUGCUCGAUGGUUGGCAGAACAGCUUCGAUCACUACUUACCCCCCGUCCAGGACAGGUCCAAACACGACCAGUGACUAUCGCUGCAACUUUAUGGAUUCUUAACUUAGUUCGGCGUUUGGGUCCACUUCCAAAAUCACUACUUUCUUACCAGUUGCUAAUUGAUCUUUUGGACGAAAAAGAUGAGUCCGUACAGUGUGUUGUUGUUGCAACUUUGGGCUUAAUUUAUGACAGAAGUUCAGAAGACGAACGUUCAGAGCUUAUUACAAGUUUAACACAAGCAAUCGGAGAUGAUAAAAAAUCCAGUUCCCCAGUUUAUCAUGAACUGUGCAACUUAGCUCAACAAAUUGGGCGCCCAGACUUGGCUUUAUCAUUAAUUGUGUUAGCCAUCGCUCUCCCAUCAACGUCACGUAACACCAAUGCUUCUGGGAAUCCUCAAUCCGGAAGUUGUUUUUCCAACAUAGCAUUCAACUUAGCAUCAAGCGUUACUUAUUCAAGUCUAGUACGACGACUCGGUAGAUCUUUAGCUCCCGCUCUCCCACGUCUAGUACCUCGAGUGUUUGUCCGUCGUUUUGAUUUUGCUCGACCUAAACUUCGUCAGGCAAUGGAGAAUGUUUGGCUUGGUUUGGUUUUAUAUGCAACUAAUUCGGCAACACCAUUUCUAUCAACUAACACUUCAUAUCCUAAUAUAUCUGGUUCGUCAUCAACAAUAACAAGUCCAACCAAUCAAAAUACUCAGUUGUCUUCAUCACCCGCACCGAAUUCAUUGCAUUCUUUAGUUUCGGAAAUGAUUGAAGCACAUUUCAACGCGAUCGUAUGUGAAAUUAAAACUCAACUGGGAUUUAACACAUUGAGCUUUCAUUCAACACAAAUGGGUGGCAAUUCUCCCCAAUCAGCCCCAAACGUUCCUAACGGUUUGGGAACAUUAUCAACAAAUAAAAUACCCUCAAACACUUCCCAAAGUAGUGGUACGGGCACACAAAGCAUGCGUUUAAGAGAUGCCUGUUGCUUGGCUAUAAGUAGUUUAGCCACACAUCCUUCAGCUGAUAAGCGUCUUGCAGGGCAUUUACCUGCUCUAUUGUCUGGACUCCUUAAUCUAUGUGAUGAAUCUGAAUCAAGUGACAUGUUUGAAAAUGAUAAUUCAGGCAUCACAACUCCCGCUGAAGAAGCUGCUAUCACUGUACAGAAACUUGUUAUACGUGUUCUGGAAAAUCCGUGCUCUCGUGAAGCAGCAACUGGAUUGUUGCCUGGUUUACUUCCAGUGAUUAUUGAGCGUGCACCAUGGUCACUAAGUGCAGAGACAGCUUCGAAUAAGAAUGGCCGUCAACCUUCUAGUGAGUUACGACGACUAGCACUUGAACUUCUUUUAGCAGCUGCUCGUACUGCACGUCCAUCUGCAUUACGUCCUGCUCUUCCACAGCUCGUAUUAUCCGGAUUACAAGCAAUGUCUUCUAUUCACCCAUCGGUUGUUGCUAAUUUAAUGCGACAACCUAUUCAUCAUCUACAUAUUUAUUCACAAGGUGCUCCAAAUUCAUUGAAUCCCACCUCAGGAUUAUCAUCAGCAACGAACAUUUCACUAAGUGUUGCUCAGUCUAAUAACCCUACUCAACAAUCUGUAUUACCUUCAUUAAACCCGGCUUCAGCUUGCAAGGAAGUUCAAAUGGCAGAAGUUCUGAGAUUAUGUGUUCGGCUGCUUGAUGAUAUUUGCCUAUCACGCCUCAUUGUACCAUUUACUGAACUCUUGAAGGCUGGUGGUGGAUCUUCUUCUGCAACUAUAGGUUCUAGCAGCGCUAGUGGAGGUAGUCGCGGAACUGGAGCUAGUGGUUCAGCUUCUAUUGCGACUGCUGCUUGUGUUUUCAUAAUUCAUCUAGCUGCAGCGAAUACAAACGCUUUGGCCGUCUCUCCUAAAACAACUACAUGCAUAAGGUGUGCGGCUUCUAGAUCGCAACUUGUAACCAGUGGUCUAGAUAAUUCAAACAGUUCUCCUAGUCAUAAAACAUAUAAUUCACCAUCUGGAUCAUCACACUCAUCACCUUCUUCCUUGUAUGGAUUGUCUCCCCCAACUCCUCCUUGCGGUUCUGCUUAUGAGGUUAGCGCACACUCUUUAAGCUCUGGGGCAAUUGAUUCACCAACCCUUGGGAAUCGAUCUCGUACAAUGCUUCAGAGUCAAAAACACAAUUCAGUUGCUAACGGGUCAUCCAAUGUGCCUGAUGGUACUAGUUAUUCUAAUUCGUGUUCUGGUAACCAACUAAACUCUGUUUGUUGCAACUCUACUGGUGAUGGUUUCGCCUCCCUUGCUCCUCAUACGGGAAAGCUUUUGGCAGCACUCUUGUCUGCGCUUCCUGGUGCUUGUCGCCAUCCAAACUCAGCUGGGAAAGUUAUUCAAGAGGAAAUGGCUAGAACUUUAGCCAGUCUUUUGCGGUUUGCCAAAGAGACUAGUGUUACAAAACUGUUCAACCGUGUACGUUCAUGGUACUUACAACCAGAACAAGCUACAGCCGGUUCAGAUGGUGGUGUACAAGGUGGUAGUAACAUUUCAAUAAGCCAUUGGGCAUGUGUUCGUGUGUUACAUGCUGUUGCUCAUCAUUGUCCUGAUCUCCUAUAUGCUCAUGCUUGUAUUACUUUACCACUGAUUUUCUUAAGCAAACAGGUUGAAAGUGAAGUUGAAAAUUUAAUUUCUUCCAGAACAAGUAGUGCUAUCUUUCACUCGAAAAAUCGUGAUGUUGAUAUCAAUUCUCUUUGUGCUUCUCAUCGCGAAACAAAUACAAGUGUUUCUCCAUAUAUUAAAGAAAGCAUAUCAACGAAAUUGAAUUCCAGUGAUUUAGAGAUUUACCAACAGUUGUGGCGAGAGUGCUGGGAAGAGUUGAUUUCUCGCAUUCCCUCGGCUCCAUGUUCACCUCAGUCUGUUUUGUUUUGGCCUAAUGCAGUAACAUUGGGUUUGAAAUCUAUUCUUCCAUUGGCUACAGGUUUAGCAAAUAGUUUCUUACGACGACCUCUUUUGGAUCAUUGUACACAACUGUUAUAUGACGCUCUUCUUGAGUCUCCUAACUGGUCAGUACAUAAUCAGGCUUCAUUUGCUAUACUUCAACUAGCUACUCGAAUGCUUGGUCAACCAUUUUCCACAUCUCCCAAUACAAGCAUUAACAAACACAGUAGAUGUUAUGGUCGCAUCCGAACAAGAACUAUUCACGAAACGUCUCCAGCUACUGUCAUAAAUGCAGAUUCAGUCAAUACUGGAGAUAAGCAAUGUCGGAAUCUGAAUAAAUGCACUUCGUUAGAAGUUAAUGGUAACGAGGUUGAAAUCCAAGAAAUUUUCGAACGAAAGAUCUUUGAUUUAGAGGAAAAUGAGAUCAUGAAUGACAAUGAUGACGAUGGGUUUUCAGACGAUGUUGAAGAUGAAGUUGAUGAUAUUUUGGUCGAAAAUGAAGAAUCUGCAGUUCAUGCUUGGCUCAUUUUAGUUCAGUUAACUGCCACUGCUCUCAAUAAAUGUAAACCGUGGCCUGGAAAGGUUUACCUGCUCCGAGCGGCAAGAUUAUUAGGCGAAUUUGCUCUAGAGCAACAGAACAUUAUCGAAGAACCAGCGAAUCAAGACGUUAUUCAUCAAAUGUGGUGCGCUCUUUUGCGCGAAACUCAAUCAAGACGAGCUGAAGGUAUCAAAAGUGGUUACCAGGCUGAAGCUUUCCUGACACUUGCAUCGUUCGCUGAAGCAUGCGGUAUUGAUGCGAUCGCCGAUAAUCGUCCCUACUCAACUGUUGAUGGCAAUCCCGAAGAAAAUCCUUCAACGGAAUCGCAUAGUGAAUUUGUCGAUCGUCUCACCAAGUUAUUUGUGCUGAUUAUUCCACAGUGGUUAAAACGUGGGAAAAAUCCUACACAAAAUAAAAAUUUAGAAAAUUUGAAACUUAACACCAAACUCAAUGAGUUCGAACUCGAACAGGCUGUCAGAGCUGUCGGGAUUAUAUGGCCGCUUAACGCUACGAAAGAACAUUUGCAUCGUUUUGCUGAAACAAUAAUCCUGUUGAACAAUGUUAUGACCCAGACUGGGAAACAUGUUCAAAUCUCUUGCUUGGCAAGUGCAUUAACAAUACUUGCGAAGCUGAGUCCAGAACAAAGUGCACAUAUAGUUGAUUGUGCCGGCAAAUCAGCUUCAAGGUGUUUCUCAGAGUUAGGAUUAAAAGAGUUCAUUGGCAAACUAAAAAAAUCAGCUGAAAACCAAAAAUCCCAGUUACUCAGAGAACAUGCUCUGAGGACGGUCGCAGGAAUUCUAAGACAUCCAAGUAAGCAAUCUUUUUGACGGUUAUUCUGAGUUUCUCGAUCAUGAGCAUUUAAACCAUGUUUCAAGACUUUUGAUUUAACAUUAUUAUAGUAAAUGGUCUGUUAGGUUUCCAUUGUCUUUUUAGGACAAAUAAAACAUUUUAAGGUUAUGGUUGGCAAUUUCCUGGAAGUAAUAUUAAUAAGUGACUAAUUCAUUUAUUGGGUAUUUAAGUACUAGUCACAAGUCUGAGGGCCAAUGCUUCCGCUCGAAAUAGAUAAAGCGUAGUUCAAAUGUGGAACCUAAAGACUGAAAGUCUCACAUCCUAGAAAAUUCACUAAUUUACAUUGCUUUAAUAACAGAUGCAUUACGCUGCAACCACGUUUGGUUUGGCAUAAAAUUUGUGGUGCAUAUAUAUGUAAUGAAUUUAUUGAGUAGGAAAAUUGUUAUGAGGGUAUUUUUCAAAUGAAUACUAAUACUUUUUGACAUUAAACACACCAUAACUAGGUAAAUCAAAUUUCUUACCCGUAUCUUAAAGUUAGACAUAUAUUUAUUUAUCUUUCCAAAACAAAUAACUGGCUCAACAAUAGUUCUUUAAGCGAAUAUUUCACCGUUUUUUGGUUUUAAGGUUUCAUGAACCUUUGCAAGGAUUCAAUUCGUCAGCUCUUACAAUCAUUUUCGAAUGAUGGCGUUCAAGCUUUGCGUGAUUGGGCUUCUGAACUCAUGAACUCACUUUGAUGGACAUUACGGAUGUAUUUGCUCUGUACGUGGUAAUAUUUUGAAUCAAUGACACAUCUUCUGUAUGAGUCCGUUUUAAAACUAACCAUUUAAUAUACUUAUUGAAGCUUCAUCGACUAUUCUAAUGGCUAAUUUAAUACAAUUCCAUAAAAGACGCUUCGUUUAAUCUCUGAUUCUUGUCAAACAAAAAUAAUCGUUAUAAACUGAACAUUUUAUUUUUCGAAUUACGAUUAGAAAGCUUAUAAAGUGUUUCGUCCCAUAUUCAGACGACAAAACCUCCAACCGACCACUCAGCUGCCUAUUAAAGAAAAAAACUCUUAUUAAUUAUACACUACAAAUGUACUUUAACAUGUAUGAACAAAGCAAUAGGCCUACAAUGCGUAUGUAUGUACACCCAACAAAAAUUGUAUACUUUUGAGCUAAAUACAUAAUUACUUCAGUAGAAUUUCACAAGUCUAUUCCUUCAAAUACAUUAAAAAGAUUAGAAUAUUGUAGUAUGGGCAAAUAAGCAUAUAAAUGCC